AUCAAACUGGUACGCGCAUGGUUAGUGAUGCAAAUUUUUCUGAACCACGUAAUUCUUAAAUCAUAAUGUGGCUCCUGCUUGUUCACUUCCUCGUAUCACAAAAUACUACUCCCAUUUUGUCCAGUCCGUGAGAAAAUCUAGUGCUGAAUUAUCCAAUCCAUGAAAAGUAAUAAGCCAUCUAAACCAAAGUCAUCAUUGGGAUUUAUUUAUUUGUUUCCCCCUUCUUUUUGACCUCCAUGAGCUGAUGAAUGGCUCACCAAUCUUCUGAACUAUCAACAAACCUCAAAUUUUUCCCGCUUUACAUGGAUACUUAUCUCUCUCUUUUCUUUUCCUUUUUUUUUUUUUUGUUCUUCUUGAUAACCCUUUACGAGACCUAUAGAGUUGUCAACGUGGCCCCUGUAUUCUUUUCUUGGAUCCCAAUUUCUUGGUCGAAUCCUAUGACCGAAAAGGCCAAUCUUUUUUUUUUACCGGACCUUCUAAUUUCCCUUCAACGUUGGAACCAAAGAUUUGAUUUUUUUGGGCACCCAAUUGUUAACAUUUCGUUUGGAGUGGAUUUUGAUGCUUAAAUUUACCGUUGCCCGUUUUUUGGCCGACCAAGAAUUGGAUUGUGGCAGUUGUGUCUUGUGCUUUUCUGUAUUCUUGAUGAUUGCAAUGGCACUUUUGAGGUCUGGGGUGGUUGCGAAACUUCUUGAUGCCAUGAGAGAUGAUAAUCCUAGCCCCAGAAAAGAUGAUGGCAAACCCGUUUUGUUGCAAAUUAGAAGCAUAAUUCCCGUAUUAGAAGAAGGUGAUUUAUGGCCUAAUAGAGGAUUUUAUUUGAAGGUAUCAGAUAGGUCGCAUGCUAUAUAUGUUUCUUUGCCUCAAGAAGAGAAUGAUUUGAUUUUGAGCAAUAAAUUGAAACUUGGGCAAUUUAUACAUGUGCAAAAGCUGGAGAAAUCUGACCCUGUGCCAUUACUCAGAGGGAUUACCCCCAUUCCAGGCAGGCGUUUGUGUGAAGGAAGUCCUGAGGACAUGAAUUCUCCAAGAACAUUGGCAAAAUUUCUUCAUUCCAUAGAUGCUGAUGCAAUGGUGGAAGAAAAGGGCGUUAUUUCGGAGAAGAAAAUAGAUGAAACUUUAGCUGAUUCAAGAAAGUUAUCUAGAGGAUUGUCUGCUGCUGAUGCUUUAGUUAGGAAUAAUGGUGGCUUGCAGCCGAGGAUUAGGGGUAGAUCUCGAUCUGUGAGUGCCACAAAAACCCGUUUAGGGAUGAAUUCGAUAGGAUCACAUAGUAUUAUUAGGCCAACAUAUACCGAAGACGAUUCUGAUUCUGACAGUACAUUGUCAUCAGUCUCAUCAGUAUCGAAGAGAAAAAGCUGGACACAGUCUGAAAUUCUGGAAUUGAAGGAGAUUUUCGAUUCUUCAGUGAGUAAGAAUGAAAGCAAACCUGCAGCUCGUAGUCGUAGUGCUAAUGUUUCACCAGUUCGUUCUGUGAGAUAUGAUAGCUCAGAAGAGUACUCAACCUCAACUACCAGCGGGAGAAAUGUGAGAUCGAUUAGAAAAUCGUCAAAGGCUGCCAACAACAUUAAGACUUUGGUGCCGAAGGUGAUCUCAGAGCAGACCUCUCACCCUUUAUCUAGCCUAAUCCAUGAUCGAAAAGGGGCAGAAGCUGAAAUAGCAUGGGGAACCCUGCCAGCGGUAUUACUGAAGCUUGGCAAGGAGGUAGUUCGGCAAAGAGACGCUGCUCUGAGUACUGCUGCUGAUGCUCUGCAAGAAGCAUGUGCAGCAGAGAGGCUGCUAAAAUCGUUAAGCAAAUAUUCAGAACUUAAUGCAUCUGAAGGCGGUGAUUCGCAACCAUAUAUUGAUAAAUUCAUCGACCUUCAAGAUGAUUUGGGACGCACAAAAUUGAUAAUGCAGUCACUGACAAACAUAAGUCCAUUCACCACAUCAGAAACUGAUCCAAGUGGCCUUCAUUCUGUAAAGCAAGCAUUGGAUACAGCAGUCGAAAGAAAGAAAAAUGCCACUUCAUGGAUUAAAUCCGCAGUGGCCCUAGAUCUUUCAACUAGCUCUGCAGACUAUCUGAAUCCCUCAGCUACUCGUGUUGCAGCACCCAACUCUUUGAGGAAAUCAAGUCGCAGCAUCAAACCAAAAGCUCCAUCCAUCAUUCGUAAACAAAGAAGCAUCGACGAGAUACCUCAUUUCUUGGUAUCUGACAAGGAUAACCAUGCUGAAUGGAUAAAGGGAAACGGUCUCUCAGCAGCCACCGACCUGGCUAAUUCGCUGCAGGAUGAAUGUAGAAAGCUAUUCUUGGAUUACUUAGAGAAAUAUCUCGAAAAAUUCGACAGCAAUACAUCUUCAAUUCAAUCUGACAGCGAAAUUGCAGGGAUGAUGUUUGAGGUGAAGAGAAUAAAUGACUUGCUGGUUUCACUGGUGGGCAAGGAGCCUAAUUGCAACAACUUAGAUGAUUCUGAAAAGGAAGCUUAUGCAAGGGCAAGGGAGAAAAUUUGUGGAAUCCUUCUUAACAAUGUUGACAGAACAGCAUGGCUUUGUAGUAAAAGUGCCAAUUCUUCCACCUAUUCUUCCAUCUGAACUGCUCAAAUUUAAAGGGGGGAAAAACCAUGCAAAUCCAACUGGAAUUUGUCAAUUUGAAAGAAACUGAUGUACAGUAUAUAGGUAGCAACAAUUUGUAAGUAUACAAUUUGGUUACUUGUUCAACUAGCAAUUGCAUAUGAAGUGUGACAUGACUUCUGAUCUGUGUUUUUCUAGCAAA